AUAAAUACUUACAAAAACGAGUGGACGGAGACUAUGAACCGGAUCAAAUCGCAACCCAACAUCCGGGAGGUGUCCACAACGUUUAUCUCCUGCUGCCGCCGACCAGCUACCAACGAAAACUGGAUGCCAUACGCUCGGACACGGACACCAAUGGCCGACAAUUGGAAAUCGUGCUGCCUCGACCUCGAGGGUCACUUUACUUCCCUCCUCGCCACCUGCCGCAACGUCGACACGGUCACCCUCCGCGGGAACGUCCCCCCCAGCCUAGCUCUAAGACUCGAGCAUCCAGACACCGGCCUAGGCCUUCCGGUGCAGGCCGUCAGCAAAGAAAUGGCCGCUUUUAUCAAGGGCGCCGAAAAGGAGACCGCGGAGAGGGACCCUGCUGACCCGUCGUGGGCCAAGAAGACGCCGUACCCGCCGCUGCGUUACCACCCGGCAAAGACUCCUCCCCCCCACUUCGUGCUCGGCAGAACCAGGCCAGCGACAGCGACAUGGCCGUGGUUAGAGGAGAGAGGUAAGGGGGACGAGACGGCGACGGGAAUGGAGUUUGUUUCUGGCCCGCUGUUUUCUGGGACAUGGGAACAGGCAUCCGCGGUUCUUGACUUUAAGAAUGUUGUGGUCCGGGACGAUAGUAGU